AUGAUUCCAGACACAGGCACUUCGCAGUGCCGUACCAACGUGCUCACCUCUUCAGAGUCCUCCCUCCCACGAUACAUCACUUCGAUGGCUUCGUUGGAGAUCGCCAGUUCGAACCUUGUAUAUCCGGCCCGAAUCGUACUUUUCGGACUACAUGGGCUGGGGACUGUCUUCGGUCUAGCAUACAAGUCCAAAACACCCGACUUAUAUCCCAACAGCUCACAUCAUGGAGUUGUUUGGACGUUGUCGGCAAUUCUUGUGCUGGAGUCUGUCCUCAGCAUCGUGAAAAGGGUUGGGCGGAAACCCUUCAUGAAAGCCACCUUUGAUACGAAUCGCGACCUGCAGCCGCUUAUGUCGUCUUCCAGCCCUUUCCGAGAAUCUAACGAGUCCCUCGAUGACAACCAGAGACGCUCCGCAGAGCAAACAUAUAUGCCGGCCUGGAGACAAACUCAAACAAAUCGAAGAAAUGCCAUUGGACCCGACUCUCACGCUCGUUGGAAUUUUCCUUCCUUUCCCUGGCGAGCUACAAGCGAUGGACGACCGAAACGACCCUUUUCCUGGAAAAAUGGCUGGUCCAGAAUGAUUUCAGCUGGUCGCUUUGUCCCUAUUGCGGCGUUCACGUCUAGCCUUUUGCUCAUGGCAAUGAUCGUACUCGCAUUUGUUUCCAUCUGCACUGGAAUAGUCACUAUGGCUGGAAUAUUUCAUGAAAAACAGAUCUUCAAUGGUUUAGCGCAUUUCAUCAAAGGCGGCGUUUUCUUCUUCUUUGGUAUCAUAACCACGCUCCGUUGCAUCGGCUGCUUUGCUGGACGUGGAUGGGCUUGGAAUCUCAAGGCCACGACAAAUUCUCCAUCUCGCGAAAGGAGUCGCUCCAUCUCCAUGGAAGGGCUUGAAUGUUUGCUCAUUUUUAUCUACGGAAUCACCAAUGUGUUUCUAGAACAUCUCUCUGGUUGGGGAGAAGCAUGGACAGCACAGGAUCUCGAACAUGUCGCCAUAUCACUGUUGUUCAUUGGCGGUGGUCUGUGCGGUUUGAUGGCCGAGUCUCGGGCUUCUAGGGAAUCUCGAAAAGCACAACCAUCGGACAGCACCAUCACCCUGGAGGAGAAGCAGACGUUAGUUCCUGGGUACUCGACAAACCCUGUACCUGCGAUGAUCAUAUUUCUGCUGGGCACAAUUCUCGGUGGCCACCAUCAAGACACGGUGACAUCUACAAUGAUGCAUAAAUGGUUUGGUAAUUUCCUCACGGCAGCAGCGGCCAUGAGAGGUGUUACAUACCUGCUGCUAUACAUUGCACCGGCACGGUCUACUUCACCAUCUCGGCCACCAUCCGAGCUUAUCACGGCAUUCUGUCUGAUGUCGGGAGGUUUCAUGCUUAUGGCCAGCAACAGAGAUACAGUCGAAUCGAUGAUUGCAAACAAUCUGAAUGCAAUGGUAGUGGCUACUGUCACCAUGGGCUGUGAUGGAUCCAAACCGUCCUGCGCUCGAUGUAUAAAGAGUAAUCGGGUCUGCGGAGGUUAUCAACGUGAACGACAUUUCAAGAAUUUGAGCGCAUUGGAUCGGGAGACCUUGUUGACUCGUACUCAACCCUUGACCUCGCUCACUGAUUUGCGCACCGUCAACAGUCUCACGCCUCGCAGUACCCCCGAUUCAGACGACACUGCAUCUCUCAACAAUCAGAUAGUUCAGCGUACAAGUCUCGCGCCGCUCAGCCUUUCAGACUUGUUUGGUAAAUUUCUCGAACACUACAUUCCCAGGGAAGAACCCGAGUUUCGGAAUGGAAACAAAGCGCAACUUUCCUGGCUCCAAGCCAUCAAUCCAUCAAGCGCAAAUAACGCAUCUCUUGAUCUCGCGAUUCUGGCCCUGAGUCUGACUUGUUUGGGUCGCAAACACGGGGACGAAAGGCUCCGGCGGGAAGGGACGGCGAAUUAUGGCAAAGCCUUGCACCGACUACAAGACAUUCUUUCACACCACAAUCUACUUUUCGAAGAGCAGACUCUUGCCAGCUGUAUGGCAUUGUCCACUUUUGAGCUCCUAGAAGUUUCCGGAGACAAUUUCGGCGGAUGGGCCAGCCAUGUAGAAGGAAUGGGAAGGUUGAUCCAGCUUCGAGGGCCAGAGUCGCAUGUCCAUGGACUAAGUCAUCGUCUAUUCCUGGGGUUCAGAUCUACUAGUAUCACCUACGCCUUGGCCACUCGAAAAUCGACAUAUCUUGCACAACAGGGCUGGCUGACAGUGCCGUGGAAGAUGCACCCAAAGUCUGACCUCGACCGACUGCAAGAUGCGAUGGCUCAAAUUGCAAAUCUAAUCGAGAGAGCGGGGCAGCUCAACACCACGGUCGCACUCACCGCGUCCGAGACUGCCCCCACACAGAGGGAAGAGAUCAUGCAGGAGGGACGAGAAUUACACUGUCAGCUCGAGAACUGGUAUCAGGACCUCACCAUUAGACAACCCGGACCGCUCUACUACGAGCGACCUUCGUCGGCCGAUUUCCUCUCCCGAUUUAUAUCCGCCUUUCCCAACUCUCUGCACUUUCAAAAUUUCGAAAUCGCACAUCUUCACCUUUCCUACUGGACUACUCUCCUCCUGCUCUACAGUAGCAUGCUCACAGUCACCUUGUCAUCUCUGGGUGGUGACGCUAGCCAGACUUUUGGCUUGGUCAUGGCGCCCAUGACCGAUAAAUUCACCCAGGGACAAGUAUUGGCCCAAGCGAAAAAGAUCGCUCAAUCAAUGGAGUAUCUACUCUCGGAAGAAAUGCACAUCCUCGGACCUCAAAAGGUGUUUUUCGCCCUGCGCUCCGCAAUGCACGUAUUCACGAGCGCCGGUGAAAGAGAAGAGGUUGAAAGGUGCGAGGAAGUUUUUGAAGAACUCGAUCGCCGAGGGUAUUCUUUUGGCAAGAUUUUGUGUAGGUGUGAGUGGGAUGACAUCCCGGCGCUUUUGUCUGGCAAAUCUAUUCCGAGAAAUGGUGUGGUACCUGCAGAAUCUAUACAUGCAUAA